GGCCGACGGCGUGCCCACACCUAGCACCCAAGUUUGAAUCUCUUUACCAUUAAUUAGAGUGUAUUAGAAUCAAUGUUUUAAAGGCGAAGGUGUGAGUGAGGUGUUUCAUGGAUAGCCUUGCCUAGGCAAACGCCUUGAGGAAACAGGCCAACAGAAUAUUGGCCCUGCCCACUUAUGUUGCAUCAAUGUUCCCUUAUGAUGCCAACAAUUCCUGUUGCAGGAGCGGUUUCGCGAAUUGCAAAGAGGUUCUUCCCAAAGAAUGGAGUGAGGAUUCUAAUGGUGGGUCUUGAUGCUUCAGGAAAGACAACCAUCCUCUACAAGCUGAAGCUUGGAGACAUCGUUAACACCAUACCCACCAUCGGUUUCAAUGUGGAGACAAUAGAGUACAAAAAUAUUACCUUCACUAUUUGGGAUGUUGGUGGACAAGACAAGAUACGGCCUUUGUGGAGGCACUACUUUCAGAAUACUCAAGGCAUUGUAUUUGUUGUGGACAGCAUUGACAGGGAAAGAAUCUCAGAAGCCCGCAACGAGCUUCAUCGUAUUUUAAGUGAGAGUGAACUAAGCAAUGCAACACUUCUUGUCUUUGCUAAUAAGCAAGACCUUCCACAUGCUAUGAGUUCUUCUGAGGUUGCUGAUAAACUUGCCCUGCACUUACUCGGGAAUCGUUUCUGGUACAUCCAAAGUACUUCUGCCACCACCGGCCAAGGACUCUAUGAAGGUCUUGAUUGGCUAUCUGAUAAUAUUGUCAAUAACAAGGCAUGAUGCAAGGGGGCUUCUACAAAAUUCAGACCAUUCACAUUCGUACUCGAUACAUUUUAGUGGAAUCAAAUUGGUUAACAAUGGAAAGUGAACACGUCAUUUCUUUGCAAAACCCUGCAUAUUUGGUUUGAAUGGAGCUUCAGUAGAACCUGUCGGUUUGCGAAGUGACGGAAAUUCAAGCCUGUCUUCCUGUCUUGGGGAGGUAUAGAAUCCCAGUUAGCACUACUCACUACUGUAUUGAUGAAGUAACCAGUAUUCAUUAAUACAAUCUCAGAAUAAAUGUUGAUAGGUUAUUUUUGGUC